UUACUAUAUUAGAGUCACGGGAAGGCAGGAGGGGGAAGUCUGCUGGAGGCAGGGCAGAGGGGGAGUUCUGCUCCGGAGAAUUUACUGUGGAUUCUGCCAGGAGGAGGAGGAGGGGGCAUCGCUGUGAACCGGGGAUACAGUGAAGUCGCUAGAUGUACGGACGGCACGUGACAGACGCCUGAAUCUUUGACCUCCCUCAACCAUCUUGAUUUUCGGAGCUGCUUUGGGGUUUUGCGCUCUUAAAUCCCUGCAGGUGGGACUUAUGUUGGAGAAUCAGAAUGUCCAGAAGAACCAAUCCUGGAACCUUGUAGGAUACAAAACUUUUUUCUGGAUUACUGGAAGGACUUCUGAUCGCUGAGAACUUCUAAAUAACUAUAUCUAAAUUGUUGGAGAAAAUGAAGACCUCUUAUCUGAAGUACCUUCCUUAAAUCACCACCCGCUGGUCCACAUUGGAGAAAGCACAGGGGUUUUCGGCAAUCACUUAAUCGCUUUACUGCUUCAGGUAAUUUCUGCUGAGGAUCUUCUCCAAAGGAAAUCAUGGUUGCCUUAAAGCACAGGAAUCUAAAGCUGUUCACCAUCGCGUUGGCGCUCUUCGCCAUCACCGUCAUGUCGUACCUCCUUAACUACACCCAGAGUUCUGGGCUUUAUCUGUGGAACCCCGAAAAAUACUUCAGGUUCUCAGGUCCGUUCAUGCGAUUCAUGACGUCCGUGCGGAGACCGUGCAGCUGUGAGACAUGCGUGUCCGAAACCGAACUUUCUGCUUGGUUUGAUGAGAGAUUUAACUAUACCAUCCCGCCAUUACUGACCAAACCGAACAGUAUGGUGUCCGAGAGCGCCUACAAGUGGUGGAUGAGGUUACAAGGGGAACGGAACCCGAUGGAUAUCAACAUGGCCAUUGAAGAAAUGUUUAAGGUUAUUCCAGGCGACAACCACUUACUGGACCAUGAUCCUUACCGGUGCCGAACAUGUGCCGUGGUAGGCAACUCCGGGAACCUCAAAGGCUCCGAAUAUGGACAGGAUAUCGACAGCCACGACUUUGUGUUAAGGAUGAACCACGCUCCCACCGCACGAUUUGAGAAGGAUGUUGGGAAUAAGACCACUCACCACUUUGUGUACCCGGAGAGCGUGAGGAACCUCCGAGAUAACGUCAGCAUGGUCCUCAUCCCCUUCAAGACCAUGGACCUGCAGUGGAUAGUCAGUGCCCUGACCACCGGGACCAUAAACUUCACAUAUGCUCCAGUACCGCGCAAGAUCAAAGUCACCAAAGAUAAGAUUCUUGUCUACCACCCAGACUUCAUGAAAUACAUUUACGACAGAUGGUUAUUCCACCAUGGGCGGUACCCGUCUACCGGAAUGCUGAGUGUUAUAUUUGCCCUUCACGUCUGUGAUCAGGUGGAUUUAUACGGUUUUGGGGCCGACAGCAAAGGAAAUUGGCAUCAUUAUUGGGAGAACAACCCAUCGGCUGGAGCGUUCAGGCAAACGGGCGUCCAUGACGGGGACUUUGAAGCCGAAAUUAUAGGAAACCUUACUUCUAUCAACAAAAUCAAAGUUUUCCGAGGCAGAUGACCCAGCUGAAGGCAAUAUCUGGAGGAUCAACCUGUCCCUAUAUAUGGUGUUCUUGAAGACAAUGGUGACUUUUUUGAAGAUUUUUGUGCAAUGAGUUUAAAUUGAAAAGUAUUCACUAUGGAGGAAAAAAAACUAUGGGCCAAUGGAGAGGGGCCAACUUGAUGGUUGAGAUUGUUCUUGGAGCUUAUUCCGAAAGCAUUGGAUUUUUGUUAUGGCUUUACCGAUGAUAUCGAUGAAUGGAGCUAAAUUCUGGUCAAAAGAGUCCAAGGACACCAUUCUUCUUCUGAAGGCCUAAUAGAUAGGAUCCAUUGGGAAUCUUUGUUUUUCCUCUACUUCAUGUUCUAUCUAGAUGGAGAGAAUGUUCUUCAGAUUUGAAAGCAUUCAGAAUUUUUUUGCGAAUAUCCUGGGACCUAGAGGACCAUCCGGAUGCAAUGUGUGUUGUACGUCCAAGACCAGGACCAACUGGACCUUCUCAUCUUUGACUUUUUUGAGUCGACACCUGAAAUUUGACUUUUGUGCUCUGUGAGUUGAGGGCACGACUUGACCCCCAUGUCGUCAAGUUUGUACUUUUUUUGUACAUUUAUUUUAUACAAUUGAUACAAUUCACGUUUGAUAAUCUCUUUUCAUAUCAAAUCCGACAAAAAAAAUGACAAAAAUGUUCAUCACAAAUAAGCUGUUUUGGAAACAAUCACGUUUUUUACAAUUUCAAAUUGCUGUGUUUUUAGUUUGUUUGUUUUUUAACCAUGGAGGAAAUGUGGCAAAAAGUGGUACUUUUGCUUUAAGUUUUUUUGUUAUUACCUCAACGUAAGUGUUAUUUAUUGCUCACAGUCACAGAUACCACUGGGGUGUUUUUAUGUUUUUUUUCCGGAAAGCGAUGGACAGGACGGAUGCUUAUAAUUUAGUACAUGAAUAUAGGCCAAGUAUAGGUUGUAAGCUCUCCUCCUGCCCCAUGUAGGACACGACUUUCCGUUGCUUUAAGUUAUUGUUGUAUGGCUUUUGAAACCUUUUUUUUUUAUUUUUAUUUUUUUAGGUUUUCCUUUAAAUACAUUUUUUUUAUUUUAAUUGAAGAAAAUUACGUUUUGGUCUUUUUGGUAACUGGGAACCGACCAUUGCAUAGAGAUAUUUAAAUAGGAAUUAAAUAAAGAAAGAAAAUAAAGACACGUAUUGUUCACAGGAAAAUAGUAGACCCAUUUUUAUACUCUUUGUUUUUUUUUUUUUUUUUUUUUUAUAUACACAGUAAAUGCCCCAUAUACAUUAGAAAACAAAUGUGACCGAACCUACUGAAUUUGGAGGAAGUGGCUGACUGUAUUCCUUCCUUUAAAAAAAAAAAAGAAUAAACAUAUAUGUAUAUUGCUGGGGUUGGGGGAAAAUAGAAAAAUAAAACCUAUACUUACCUAGUCCUGAUCCCUUCAUGGUCCCCCACAGCUCCCAUUCACCUCUGUCAGGUCACCUGAUCUUCUGUCUUCUUUGUGCUUCCAAGACAAGGGCUGGGUACAGGACCUGGCUGUUCAGCCAAUCACUGGCUAAAACUGGACACCACUGAGGCCAAUGAUUGGCUGGGCCAGCAGGUCCUCCUCUGUGUGCUCAUCUCAGAAGCUGGAAAAAGAGACAAUUGGGGACCAGACAGAGGCGAAUGGGAGCUGCGGUGGAAGAGGACUAGGUAAGUAUGUUUUUUUUUAUUUUAUAUUUUUUCCGGGGGGUUGUGUUUUUUUCUCUUUUCUCCCCACAGAGGCACCAUAUUAUUUAUUUUAAUUUGUAAUUUUAAUUUUUUUUUAAGCUUGGAUAAGCCCUACAUCUUGCUACGUGUUGAUCCUAUUGUUGAGCCCCACACAGAAAGUGCAUUCAUUCAGGAAAUGGACCACAAUUAGGCUACAUUUAGUCCAUUUAAGUCAGUGGGACAGCCAGCAUGCCUUUUAAUAGGACACCAAGAUGUAGCCCAAGAUAGGACUUUAAUUGUAAUGUGAAGGCAGCUUAAUGUGUAAGCGAGCUUCCUGGCUCUCCCCUGAUGAACUUGGUGGGAAAGAUGCGUCGGGAAUGUUGGAAUUCAGCAGCUUUGAUUAUUUUGUUCUUGGAGAGAUAAGCAGCCAGCAGCAGCUGACAACAGCUUACGCACCUCUCUAUACAAAAUACCUGAGCCGAACAUUCAUGUAUGGAGGUGUCAGGAAUGAUAUAUGGGUACCUAGAGGCUCAGUGCUUAGCAUUAUUACCUUGCAGUGUUGGGGCUCUGGGUUCAAAUCUGGGUUCUCCCUGUGUUCUUGUGGGUUUUGUUCCCACACUCCAAAACUAUACCAAUUGCCUGAGAUAGGAAAAUUAGAUUGUGAUCCCCAAUGGGGACAGGGACAUGUUAAUAGCAAAAAUCGGUGAAAUUUGUUAAAAGCCGAAAACUGGGUUAAAAUUAAACAAAACAAAAAAAUCUUGUGCAAAUUGGGAUUAGUUAUCUAUAGUCCAGUGGUCGCCAAACUGCGG